AUGAGUGUGAGCAAUGCAUCGGUUCACCCGGUGGAAGCUCCUCCUCCAGCUCCAGCAGCUACCCAAGCAGAUCAACCGCCACGUGUGAGGAUGGAAGAUAUUCAAGGGAUGCCUGCAACGCUACUCGGCCUCUCUCUUCGUUUCUUCCAGUUCUUCUUCGCUGCUGCUUCUCUCUCCGUCAUGGCCACCACCAGCGAUUUCCCUUCCGUCACCGCCUUCUGUUACCUAGUUGCAGCCACUGGCCUGCAGAGUUUGUGGAGUCUUUCACUAGCCACUGUUGAUGUUUAUGCCAUUAUGGUCAAACGUUCUCUACAGAACCGUCGUCUCGUUAGCUUGUUUGCAAUUGGUGAUGGGGUGACAUCGACGCUGACAUUUGCAGCAGCUUGUGCAUCAGCAGGAAUAACGGUUCUGAUAGACAACGAUCUGAAUAGCUGCGCGGCAAACCAUUGUGUUCAGUUUGAAACAUCAACAGCGUUAGCCUUCAUUAGCUGGUUUGCUGCUCUCCCUUCUUUUCUCUUCAACUUCUGGUCUCUCGCUUCAUCAUCCCACCGUUGA